AUGGCGACCGCGGGCUUGGCGGCGAACCAAAUGGAGGCGACUAUGCGGACAGCUUUUCGCUUUUCGGCUGCUGCUUUGGAUCUCGCCCUAUACUCCCUCUCGCUGGUCGCACAGAGCACCGACGCCCGCCGCUCGGUGCGGAUAGGCGGGCAUCGGCUGCGCGUGGAGGUGAAGCGGCCGGUCAAGAACGACAGGUUGGAGCUGGAGCGCGGCUUCGAGAACCAGUACGUGCUGGAGGAGUUGCUGGGCGAGGGCACCUACGGCAAGGUGUACAAGGCCCGCAACAAGCGCUCGGGGCAGAUAGUGGCGAUGAAGAAGAUGAAGUUGAUGGAUGUGGCACAGGAGGAGGGCAUUCCCAGCACCGCGCUGCGCGAGGUGGCGCUGCUGAAGGAGCUCAACCACGAGAACAUCGUGAGGCUGGAGGAGGUGUUCUGCUCGCCCAAGAAGCUGGUUCUGGUCUUCGAGUUCGUGGACAGCGACCUGAAGAAGUACAUGAGGUCGCUGAACCGCCAGCUGGCGCCAGCCGUCAUCAAGAACAUGACCUAUUCGCUGUGCCGCGGCACCGAGUUCUGCCACGCCAGCAGGAUCAUCCAUCGCGACAUCAAGCCUCAGAACCUGCUCAUCGAGCACCUCGAGGGCGGCCGGCUGCGCCUCAAGAUUGCGGACUUCGGGCUCGCGCGAACGUACAGUAUUCCCGUGCCCAAGUACACCCACGAGGUCGUCACCGUCUGGUACCGGCCUCUGGAGAUCCUCCUGGGCUCACCCCUCUACAGCGUGCCGGUGGACCUAUGGAGUAUCGGCUGCGUCGCCGCCGAGAUGGCCACCGGGGCGCCGCUGUUCGCGGGCGACUCAGAGAUCGAUACCAUUUUCAAGAUAUUCCAGAAGCUCGGCACCCCGACGACGGAGCAGUGGCCAGGCCUCUCCGACCUCCCGGACUUCAAGCCCAGCUUCCCGAAGUGGCCGCACAGGGGUUGGGACAACAUCCGCAACACCAAGGCGCAAAUGGGCUCAGUGGGCAUCGAGUUGCUCGAGAGCCUCAUGGCGUACGACCCGAAGAAGCGCCUGUCGGCCCGGCGGGCGCUGCUGCACCCCUACUUCGCAGACGCAGAGCGCCGCGACGGCUUCUAA